AUGUGCAAGGUGUUCCCAACGACGCUUUCGGGGCCAGCACGGGCGUGGUUUAAUAGCCUUGAGACCGGAAGUAUUAGAAGCUUUGGAGAUCUGGCCACUCGUUUCAUCAGCCGGUUCAUUGUCGGGGUGCCUGCAGACAGAAAGAUGAGUUAUCUGGAGACAGUCAGGCAGAGAAGGGAUGAAUCACUUAGGGAGUACGUAGCCCGUUUCAAUACGGAGGCCUUGCAGAUCCCCGAGCUAGAUGAAGGCAGAGCGGUGGAGGCAAUGCAGAAAGGGACGACCUCACCCGAGUUCUUCGGUUCAUUGAGCAGAAAGCCUCCCACCUCACUAGCAGAGCUAAUGAAGAGAGCAGAAAAGUACAUCAGGCAGGAUGAUGCCUUGGUGACGAGCAGGUUCGCCAAGGGAGCGGCCGAUAAGGGGAAAGCUCCGGAAGAAAGGAGGCUGGAAAGGCAAGAGAAGAAGCAAGGCAGAAGGCCUGAGCCCUACUGA